GAGUGGAUAGAGGAGUGAUCAAGCUCAGAAAGUUCACAGUUACUAGAGAACUCAGACAUGGCUUCCAUUCCAUGUACUACUACUCCUACCCACUCAUGCUUUGCCUCCAGCUCCUUCAAUUCUUCAACUUUUUCAGUCAAACUCAAUACCCAGUUUCUGGGUACCCGAAGUAGGCUGGGUCGGGUCAGACCCUUUGGUCUUGGACCCUCCAAUGGCUCCAGAGCCAAGUGCUGGUUCAAGUUCGGUAAAAACGGUGUAGAUGCUGAGGGUGCUGGAAUCUAUGGAAGCCAAUCCCGUGAUGAUUAUGAUAAAGAUGAUGUUGAGCAGAUGGGAGUGGAGAAGCAAGUUCUGAGGGCUGGAACUGGUCCAAAACCGGUAGCAGGUCAGAAGGUUACCGUUCACUGCUCCGGUUAUGGAAAAAAUGGUGAUUUGAAUCAGAAGUUUUGGAGCACCAAGGACCCUGGGCAGCAGCCUUUCACCUUCAAAAUUGGCCAAGGUUCUGUCAUAAAAGGAUGGGAUGAAGGUAUCCUUGGAAUGCAAGUUGGAGAAGUUGCUCGUCUGUGGUGCUCUCCUGAUUAUGCUUAUGGCCCUAGUGGAUUUCCAGCCUGGGGUAUACAACCUAAUUCAGUUUUGGUCUUUGAGAUUGAACUACUAAGAGUUGGAAUAUCUGCAACUCUAUACGAUAUUCUAAGUAACUUGCUUCGCCUCAGGAAUAUACAAUUAUCAUGAAAAAUGUUGUAUUCAAAUCUUGUAUUUCAACUACAUGGGAAUGCUUGCUGUUGAGGGUACGUAUGAUAAGAUGAAUGCUCUUUUAAGCCAAAAUAUCCACCCAGUAGAUAUUCUAUUGUUGAUGGCUGCCUCAGAAGGUGACAAGCCGAAAAUUGAAGAA